AGUCACCAGAGGGACGUAGUUCAACAUGGUUGGAUACUGGCAGUGUUUAAACCGAUCGUUCUUUUUCAGGUUUUUUGAUUAUCCUCGAAAGAAAUGCAGGAGCAGGUUAACUUUUUAUCUUAAAAGGACAUUGAUAAUAAGAACAAACUUACCAACAGAGUAUGAUUCAUAUGCCAAAGCAUUAGGGAGUUUGCUGUUUGGUAGUGGUGCUGUACGGAAGUUUUUGCAAUGUGUUGAGAAGCCGAGCGUUGAUAUUGAUAAGAGUAACAGUAUUGUUACCAGAAGUAGAACUGGUAAUGGUACUAGUGUUAGAACUUGUAGUACUUCACAACCUAGUCAACCACCAGUACACAGAAGUUCUCAGAAUUUUGAUGAAAUGAUUAAAAGGAGGCAUCUCCAGGCAAAAAAAAGUAUUCUGGUUGAAGUGAACUCAAGAUAUGUAUUUCAUGACCUCUGUGAAUAUUGCCAGCAGUUUGGCUAUGUGAAAAAUGCCAUACAUUACAGAAUCAACAAUGAAAAAGAAGUUUUUAUUUUUGAGUUUGAGAAUAAUGAAGCAGUAAAGAACCUUUUAACUCAAUGUUCAUACCCUGAAGAUGAUGAAAUAGUACCUGUUCACUCUCGUCUUUUGUUGUUUGGGUCUGAAGCCUUGAACCAUGACUCUAGCUGUCAAACUCUGUUUGAAUCAGUAAAUCCUCCAACUCAAGCACAAAUUCUUAAAGAAUUACUAGAAGCAAGAAAUGUAUCCGAACAAAUGAUUAAAUUACAUCAAUCUGAACAGCUUUCAGACUUGGGCUCAAGACUGAGGUUUCUGAUUUGUUCCCAGUUGGAAGAAGCCCUUACAGGAAUGUUUCCCAAUUGUCAAGUGUUUCCAUUUGGUUCUUCUGUGAAUGGUUUUGGAAAGAACUUUUGUGAUUUAGACAUGAUACUAAGCUUAAAUACAGUUCAGAAUAAUCCAACAAGUCGCUUGAAGUUUCAAACAAAAAAAGCCUUUGCAAAUGACCGCAUGCAAACACAAAGAACACUUGAAACUGUUGGAGACAUUCUUCAGAAUUUUGUCCCUGGGAUUGCUCAAGUUCAACGAAUACUACAAGCUCGAGUACCUAUUUUAAAGUUCCAUCAUAUCCCCACAGGAAUUUACUGUGAUUUAUCCAUUUCAAAUAAGUGCUUCCUUAAUCUUAGCAUCUUCUUUAUGGAUUUCACCUUGUGGCGGGAGUUACCUGGUCAGUCAAAACUGCUUUAUUUAUGUGGCGAACUAGACCCACGUAUACGGCCACUGGUAUAUACUGUUAGGAAAUGGGCCCGAGAGAACCACCUUACUCAUGAUGUUCCAGGCAGGUGGAUUUCUAACUUCUCACUCUCACUUAUGGUGCUGUUUUUUCUUCAGGCUAGAAGUCAGCCUUUGUUACUUCCUUUAAUGGAUCUUGUACAUAUGGCAGGUAAAAGUGACAAAACAUUGCCUGAUGACAUGGAGAAUACUUUGCAAAAAGGUUUAUGGUGUCCACCUUCUGAAAAUACUGAAGAUUUAGAAAUUCUCUUGAAAGAAUUUUUCUUGUUUUAUGAAAAGUUCAACUUUAAAGAAAGAGGACUUUCUUUGGUCACUGGACAUUCUAUGGUUAAACCUGAUUACAGCCCACUGUAUAUUGAGAACCCGUUAGAGCAAGAGUUAAAUGUAAGCAAGAAUGUUAGUAGUGAAGAAGUGGAAAGGUUCUCAACAUGUAUUCGCACUGCAUUAUGGAAAUUAGAGUUAAAUAAUGUUAAAAACAAUCAUGAUUUAUGGGGUAUUUUAAAACUUUUUGAUCCCAAAGCAGCAGAAAAUCAAAAUGAUCCUCAGACUGUUAAAGGCUUUCAAGUAAGUGCAUUAUUCAAUGGAGUGAAUGAUUCCAAUACACUUGUUUACAAAGAUGGAUUGAAUUCAUUUGUAUAUAGAAAUUCUACACCAAGGACAGUGACUCAAGGCUUUAUGUUGAAGCUGUUUGCUAACAAAACAAAAAGAAAACGAACAAAAGAAAUUAUGAACAAACCUCAAUUGAAAAACAACAAAAAACAAAAGAAUUAAAGAAAAUCAAGUGUUGUGUAUUCCAAACUUUAACUAAAAUUUUUUAGUAUGAAGU